UCCUUUAAUAUCACAUCCUUGCUAACCUCUCCCUCACGGGUAGCCUCAAGAUUGCCCUGUCAUUUUUUGUUCGCCCCCCACUCCACUUUCAUCAUUCAUUCACUCUCAGCAAAUCCUAUGAAAUCACCUGAACAAGACACACGCUCAUGCCAACCUUACACAAAGUCCACUUACAAAUUUGUCCGAUUAUUCAAACACAUACAUACCGUUGCAGGCCUUCUAAUUUCUAUAUUCACCACAAAAUCCAAAACUCUCUCGUCAAAAGCAAAGUGCUCCUCUUUAUUUUCGUCCUUGUCCCUAUAUUUGACUAAUUGACUCCAUAAUAUAUAGUUAUUAAAUACACACACAUGUACCUCCAUUCAUAGCUCUCCAAAACCCAUUAAUUCAUAACUGUUAUCUCCUUUCUCUGCGUUACACAACAAGGGAAAACCAUGAGAAACGUUUCAAAGAACAAGUGGUUCUUAACCUGUUUCCGUCCUGUGGUUGAUAUAGAUGACAUGCUGGAGCCUAGAGCUGUUGUUGAUCAUUCUGCCAAUCGUCGUUUCACCUGUAUCCCCGUCGCAGACAAACAUGACACAAAAGAUUCAGUUACCAAAACCACGUUUUCGGAGCAAGAGUUUGCACAGAAUUGGGUAGUUGUGCCCCAUCCUCAGAAGCGAAAGUUUUCUAAGAAUACAAGAGCUCGAAACAAAAAUCUUGAUGGCCAAAGUUGUUUUGGAUCAAAGGGUGGUUAUUCGGCAUCCACAGAAAGUUCAUCAACCGGUGAUGAGAAGAAACAAGCUUUUGCGGGCACCAACAUUCCAAAAAUCAAGCCCCCUGAAUGGUCUUCGCGAAUUUCAUCUUCAAAUUCGCCCGAAUCAAAGAGUGAGUCUCCUAAAGACCAAGUAGAGAAGCAAAAGAAGUUUCAGUGCGUAGGAAUAUACUGGGUUCUUUUAAGCUUAGUAGUUACGGUCUUUUGGGGUAAGGUUAAUGUUACUAUCUGGACAUCAUUAUUGUUAUUCUUUUUCUUUAUUUGGAACGCAAUCUGUUCAAGUUGCGGAACGCAGAAUCCAAAGCACACAAGAAUAGCCGUAGGGACCGUAGUGGAAGGAGUUGUCGCGAAAUAAAGGAACGUUCGUAAUGCGCAUUUACGUGAGGAUUCUCUCCUUUUUUGGUUCUUGAGGCUCUUCUUCAAAAAGAAAGAUUUUCUUAUGCCCAAUGGAUAGAGACACAAGUUUCUUGUGAAGUUGACUUUUUCACAAUUGGCAAGUAGCCAACAGUUGAGGAAACCUGAAGCACCUGUUCGUGUGACACUCUAAAAUGUAUAUUUAACGAAUGAAAAGUAGAAAAAAUAGGUAUGAACUUUGAUGGGAUGAUGGUUUGGUUGUGUAUCCCAAAUACUAUAUCAAGGUUGUAAGUGAGCUUUUAAAUUCUAAAUAUCUUGCAAUAAGUUUUGGUUUUCCCUGGUUAA